GGGGGAGAUCCAUGACUCCGGAGGAAUUUCUCCCCCUCCAGCUCCUUUUGUUUGGCGGAGUGUUUGUGAGGAAGAGGAGGGGAGACAGCCGCAGAGAUGUCGGAACCAGCAGCGGACCCAGCCGCCACCUCCUUCCCAGCGCCGAGCAUUUCUUUACCUUUGGGUCUGGACGUGCUGAGGACGUACUCUGGAGCCCUGGUCUGUGUGGAGAUAUUAUUUGGUGGUCUGGUAUGGAUCCUGGUGGCCUCCUCCAAUGUGCCGGUACCUCUGCUGCAGGGCUGGGUGAUGUUUGUGUCCGUCACAUCCUUCGUCCUCUCUUCUUCCUACCUCACCCUCCUCAUCACGGGUUUGGCAGACCGCAUCAACACAGACUGGAACUUCGUGGACAUGUUUUACCAUUUCCUAGCUGUGCUGUUCUACUUUGCGGCCUUCGUGCUGGAGGCUGCGACCACCGCAGCGAACGGAGGCGCUCGCUUCAGUCUGAGUCAGAACUCCACUGAAUCGGUCCUGUGUGUCGCGUACCCUCGGGGCAACAUAUUCACUGUACUGACUCGCAGACAGUUCAACAUUAAUGUGGCAGCCACGAUAUUUGCUUUUCUGGUGACCCUUUGCUACAGCUGCAGCUUGGUGAUGGGGUUCAAGAGAUGGAGGAAGUAACCAGAAAAAUGAACAUGAACUAGCGUUACGUGCGAUUAAUAACUUCAACGUAUCUGCCUUCAAAGCUCUUCCCCAUAACCCAGCGAUGGCGCUUGGUAUUAUCCUGACUCCACUUCAAGCACUCUGUGGGAACAUGGAGGUGACGUUCAACACAUCGGGGCAGUAUUGUUACCAUAAAGGUUUUUCCUAUGAUGCUGAUGAAUCAGAUGUUCAAAGAUUUAAUCUGUCUGAGGUAUUUAGAGGAUGACCUCCAGGUUAACAUGGUAUAAACUGAUAUACUGUGAGAAAUGUGAGAUCUGUGCAGGCUUUUCCUGUAUGUUAAAUAGUAUUUUUAGAAUUUGAAAAGUAAUUUUGGUAGAUAAAAUGGGUUCCUGAGAGUUGCUUCUUUCCUAUGUAAUUGAACAGAUCUUACUGCAUUUCGUCAGUCCUCACAGUAAAAAAAAAAAAAAAUCUAAUUUUUAGAGGUGAAGUGCCUGAGUGCUAAACCUCAGCAGAUUAAUUGAACAUCUGUUUGGUUCAAACACAACCUCAUAGUUUAGGAUGUUUUGGUGCAAAGGAGUCGGACAUAAGCUUUGACAUAAAGUCGUACUGUGCACAUUUUCCCACCAUCUGUUAAGCAUUAAUUAUUUUUUGUUUUUUUUUUACAGUAGUGUAAUCUACACAUUCAACAUAUCUCAAUUUACUAAUGCUGUAAUCUAAGAACUGGUUUAAAUUAAUCUGGUACUGCAGUGAUUUCCACUAAAUAAACUAAUCACAUCAAUACAACAAAAAGGGGCAAUAAUUGUAAUGUGUUUGCCAACUGAUGGGUUAUUUAGUUGUGUUUUGAAUAGAUUUUAUUAGUAUUUAAUGCAUUAUUUAACGGCUUGAAUUAAUUAUUUGACUUGGCACACAGUUUAUCAUUUAAUGUAAACUUUUGUAUUGGACAACUUAAAAUAGUUUUGAUUAAAAGUUUGAUUGUUUUUAACUUGCUUUUUAG